CACAAACCCUAAAGACUCGAGCAAGUUCCUGAGGCUGCUUCACGACAGGGCAUUGGCCGCUGGUCCUGUGAGCGGAUCCUUUUGUUGUCCAAACCAAGUGAUGCCACCUCGUUGCCCCAGCAUGGUUCUCUGGGUUUUUUUGGACUGUCCUCCUGGCUGUCAUGGGGGACUGCCUCCCUUCUAUGAUUGGCACUGUGAAGCUCCCUUUCCACUCUGUGUUCAGCCCAGGGUGUGUUUUGCUCCAAGACUGAAUUCUUUGAAUCCUUUGAUACACUGGUGCCUGUGCUGUCCUAACCUCCAGCCUGGGCUGGAUCUCUUUGCUGAAGUCUGUUGAACUUUCAACAGAGAGAAGACUGAAAUGCUCUAUCAGCCUGCUCUAGGCCAGGAAUGUGAGCUUCCCUGUCCCUCCCCCCACCCCAUAUUACUGUUAAGAGAGAGACCCAGGAGGUAAUCAAGCACUUCUACCUCAGGAGCUGCCUCUCCCAGAGAGUGACUGUUAAUGAGGAGAUCCAGCACAGGAUCUGAUGCGCAAGUGACUCCUUUGGGGAAUGGCUUUGGCAUACCGUUUUUGAUUGUCAUCUCUCGAAAGAUGCCAAGAUCCAGAUUUACAAUGCAUUCAUCAUGGCCACUCUCCUCUAUGGAUGUGAAACAUGGGUGACAGGGCUUUAGAUGACCUACCCUCAUCAUCUCAAGAGCCUGGCCAGGUACUGCCAACAAUACCUCUGGAAAAUCCUCUGUAUGAAAUGAAAUGGGAAGAUCGGCGCACAGAUGCUAGCAUCCUUGCUCUGCAGCCAGAAUUACCAUUGAGUCGGUGAUACUCAAGCACUAAAUUCCCUGGAUUGGGCAUUGUGUGCAGAUGCUUGUCUCUUGACUCCUAAAGCAAGUGCUCUAUUCCCAGCUUAGCUGUGGCUUGAGAUCUUGUGGUGGUCAGAGGAAAUGCUACAAGGAUGCUUGAAUACAUACCUGAAGAACAUAAAUGCUGACAUGGAGAACUCCAGUGGUGCUGCAGCCUCAACCAGGUGGCAGCCCACUUUGAGGUAAAGCGUCUUGCCUUUGAAGCAGAGAAGAGAGAGCAGGGAAAGGAAAAGGAGAGAAAUCCCAGCCUAUGGCUUACUCUCCCCCAUGGAAAAGUGCAACUUCUGCAGCCGAAUCUGUGACUUGAGGACUGGACUCUUACUUCACUUCAAGACUCAUCAAAGAGGCAUGAUACAGAUCAUCCUUGAGUCAAGGGAUUGCUGAUGACAACAGGGCAGGGUGCAGAAAGCAAAGCAGCAGACAGGUGAGAAAUGACCACGCCUAACAAGACACCGCCUGGUGCUGAUCCCAAGCAGUUGGAAAGGACUGGAACAGUUCGGGAAAUAGGCUCACAAGCCGUUUGGUCACUUUCAUCCUGUAAACCAGGAUUUGGAGUCGACCAAUUACGAGAUGAUAAUCUAGAAACAUACUGGCAGUCUGAUGGGUCACAGCCUCAUUUGGUGAACAUCCAAUUUAGAAGAAAAACAACAGUGAAGACGUUAUGUAUUUAUGCAGACUACAAAUCUGAUGAAAGCUACACUCCAAGCAAGAUCUCUGUCAGAGUAGGAAAUAAUUUUCAUAACCUUCAGGAGAUCCGGCAGCUUGAAUUAGUGGAACCAAGUGGCUGGAUUCAUGUUCCUUUAACUGAUUCUCAUAAGAAGCCUAUUCGCACCUUUAUGAUUCAGAUUGCUGUUUUAGCCAAUCACCAAAAUGGAAGAGACACUCACAUGAGACAAAUUAAAGUGUAUACCCCAGUGGAAGAGAGCUCCAUUGGAAAAUUUCCCAGAUGUACAACAAUUGAUUUCAUGAUGUAUCGUUCCAUAAGGUGAAUCUUCUUAUAAAGGAAUAAUAAAAGGGAAUUUUUGUUAUCGGUAUUGUUUCAACUUUUUUCAUUACAAGUCUCACAUUUUUUAUUUUUGUGUAAUUAUAUCUGUACAGUUCUAUUUUUUUGUAUAGUUUUUAAAUAAAGACUUUAAGAAUCUGCUUGAUAUUUGCAUUUUCUAUCCAUUAUACUUACAAAAUGUUCAUGCUUUUAAUGAUCAAAAAGCAUAUUAAGAUAUUUCUCAUUUGUGUCCAUAUGAAAUGGGUAACUGGUGCCUGUAACAUGGAAAAAGUACUUUCCUGAUGAUUUUCUUUUCACUAGGAUACUUUACUUUGGUAUUAUGAGUUUGUUUGGGAUCUUAAGAAACAUUCUUUAGGCACAGUUCUUUAAUAGAUUACUAUGAUUCUAUUACUUCUAUCGCUGUGUGUAGAAAAUUUCUUUUUAAAGGUAUUGUAUCGAGCAUAUAUUUUCACUGUUGAAUGGAGAAUGUCUCAUUUCUGAUGAGAAGUGUAUUGUUUUAAGUCUUUAAUUUUUUUCCUUCUGCUAAGUCGCUGUGGUUUUCUCUCUUUUACAUAAAACAUUAAGUUAAAUAGUUUAGUGAAAGAAGGUAAGCUUUUUCUAACCCUGUAUUCUGUAUGACUGGUGCUGAUAGACUAUAACCAUUACAUCAUUCUAAUGUAACAAUAGAAAUGCAUGGAAUGUGCAGACGCCAUUCCUCUGCAUCACUUCUAAGCACCCUUUGAGAUUCCAUUGAUCACAAAAAAUAUUAAGAAUUCAAGUAAUCUGUAUAAUGCAGAGCAAUGUCACACUUAAGUCAUGGAGUUUCUUAAGAGAAUAAAAAAGUUGAAACAUUUUGACAUAAUACCA